UUUCCACUUUUGAAACUGAUGAAGAGCACAGCACCUUAAUCCAGGAGAAAGUAAUAUCGCCAACCGAUUCGAGCUGGGAGGAGAAAUUUAAUAUGUUGAUGAAGGAAGAAGAAAAUGAUGAGCAAGUAGUUGAUCCAAUGACAUUCCCCGAGCCAAAGAUGCAAAAGGUUCCACCAAUGCUUCGAGAUCGAAAGAAUUUCGAAAAGUACUUCGAACCAAGAGCUGUAUCCCUUGGUCCUCUUCAUCAUGGCAAGCUAAAGCUCCAGGUUGCAGAGAAAUACAAGCCCAAACUCACAAAGAGAUUCAUAAAAGACAGAGGCACUGACAAGGGAAAAGAUUUAUACAAGAAGAUUUGGAACAACAUAAAGGAACUCAGGGAUUGCUUCGAUGAGGAGGUGACGAAGAAUUUGGACAAUAAGACGUUGGCCUGGAUGUUGUUCUUGGAUGGCUGUUCAACACUGCAGUUCAUUCACAGCCUUGUUAGAAAUGAGCUAAAGAAGUUCAAGAUCAAAAACGAUCAAAUUGCCUUUUCUCAGCAGGAUCUGUUCUUGCUGGAGAACCAACUUCCCUAUCGACUCCUCAAGCUCUUGAUGAAUGAUGAUAACAACGAUAAGAACAGCAACAAUAAGUAUGAGGAAUCCAUCAUGGAAUUUAUACAUAUGAAUGUUAUGGCUCCACCCAAGUACAUGAGCAAAAUAAACCAACCCCCCAAAACGACUCAGCCUCAAAUGCCACCAGCAGCCAAGGAGAAAAAGACUGGUCGUCGCGAAAAGGAGAAGAUGUUAGGUCAUAAGAUAUCCUAUCGCAAUGUUCAAGAACUUAAAGCUGCUGGGAUCCAGUUAAAGCCAAGUGGAACUCUCUCCUUAAAAGAGAUAAAAUUUAAUUCUCGUUGCAUUGCAAGUUAUCUGAAGCUUCCUCCAUUGAUAGUGGAUGAUUCCACAGGGCCUUUGUUUUUCAACCUCAUAGCCUACGAGAUGUGUCCAGAUAAUUUCCUGACCGACUAUGGAGUUACCUCCUACGUAAGCUUCUUGUAUUCACUCAUUGAUGAUGCAGGAGAUGUAAAAGAUCUAAGGUAUGCAAAUGUACUUGAGAACUCUCUUGGAAGUGAUGCAGAGGUAGCAGAACUCUUCAAUGAAAUAGGAACUGAUCUGGUUCCUAAUCCUGAGGCAUACAUGGAAGUGAAGGACAGAAUCCAAAAGCACUACGAAAACAAGUGCACGACGUGGAUGGCUCAAGUCUAUUAUGACCAUUUUAGCAAUCCAUGGACUACCAUGGCUUUUAAUGCUGCCUUGGUUGCACUUGCUUUGAGUGGUGUUCAGACUUGAUUUUCUGUGUUUUCUUCCCGUCCCUGUGAUGAUUUCUGCAAAAACUUAAAAAAGCAUU